AUGGCCAAUUCAACCUUUCUAUUUCAAUUCCCUCACCUUUCCAAAGACAAUUUUGAUAAUUGGUGCAUUCGUAUGAAGGCAUUGCUUGGAUCACAAGAUACUUGGGAGAUUGUAGAAAAAGGCUACGAAACUUCGAAAGAACUUCGAAAGAAGGAUCAACAAGCUCUCACCCUUAUUUAUCAAUGUUUGGAUGAGGCUAUAUUCGAGAAGGUGGCGAAUGCAACCACCUCCAAGCAAGCAUGGGAGAUUCUCACAAACUCUCAUCAAGGAGUUGAUAAAGUGGAGAAAGUUCGCCUUCAAACGUUAAGAGGCGAAUUUGAAGUUUUACGAAUGAAAGAAUCCGAGUCGAUUGCGGAUUAUUUUUCAAGGGUGUUGGCCAUAGUAAAUCAAAUGAAGAGAUAUGGAGAAAGAUUGGAGGAUGUUUGUGUCAUUGAAAAGAUCAUUCGUUCCUUGCAACAAAGAUUUGACUAUAUCGUUGUUGCUAUUGAAGAGUCAAAAGAUUUAGAAACCAUGAGUAUUGAUCAACUCAUGGGAUCUCUUCAAGCCCAUGAAGAAAGGCUCAACAAGAAGAAAGAAGAGCCAUUGGAACAGGUUCUAACUACAAAGAUCUGUUCCAAAGAUAAAGAAGAAGAAGAAAUAAGUCAAAGAGGACAAGGACGUGGACGUGGACGAGGCCAUGGCCGUGGUAGAGGAAGAGGCGAACGUAAUAGUUUCAAUUACGAAGAGAGAGGUCAAGCAUCCAGAGGACGAGGACAAGGAAAUAAUUUGAAGCAAUAUGGAAGAAGGUUGGUAUCAAAAAAAAAAAACCUUCUUCCAUAUUGCUUUAAAUUAUUUUCUCGUCCUCGUCCUCUGGAUGCUUGA